UAGCCUUUGUCCCAAAGGACUGCAGAGCCAUGGAGUUGCUACUGCUGGUUGGACUGUCUGUUUUACUAGCUGGGUCAGGCUCAGCAGAACUUGCUCCAGGGUUUAAUCCUUGCAUAAACUUUUUCUACAAGUCCACCCCACCCACUGGUUUUGAGACUCAGAAUGAAAAAAAUAUUUGCCAGAAAUAUAGUAACGCUUACCAUUUUGCAACUUUGUACAACGUAAAUUACAGAAUCCCCAUCUGGUCUGCCUACAUUUUGGACACCAGAUCCUGUCCAACAGAAGCCCUGAAGAAGAGUGCAUGGUUCAUCGAACCCCAGCUCACUAACCCACAUGCAGCAACAGAAAUGAUGACACCAAGUGACUCUGGACUGGACACAAAGGACAUCAAAGUCAAUCAGGCCCUCAGCGCGGACUAUGAGGAUACUAAUUAUGACCGGGGACACCUGAACCCUAAUGCGUUUCAGUGCGGCAUCCACCGCACAGCCACAUUUACACUGACCAAUGCCGCACCUAUGGAUCCAUGCUUCAAUCGGAUCUACUGGUACAAGAAUGAAAGAAAUCUCAAGACUGGCCUGAACAAUAAGUGUGUUAAUAAAGGGGGGACUGCCUAUCUAGUGACCGGAACAGUUCCCAACAACAACCAGAAAAUCCCUGACCCUAAUGAUGACAAGGAAUCUGACAACCCUAGAGAAUUCAGCCGGGUGUCCGUACCUAGCCACGUCUGGACUGCUGUUUGCUGCCAUUUCCCACGCACUGGUAGUAAGUUUUCUGCAGCAUUUCUGGCAGAGAACAAACCAGAAUCUGUCAUUCAAAGUCUAUCUGUGCAUGAUUUGCAAGAGAAUCUAAAGCAGUUCUAUCCUUCCCACGAUCUGAAAAUCUUUGGUGACGAUUCAUGUAAUGGCAACCUGAUUGAGCACCUGAUAAUGACCCUGGAUGAAAUGGCCCUGGAAGUUAAAGCUGGAAGUCAACCACCAGAAUUCUGACAUACUAUUCUGAACCUCAAAACGUUUCUGAAAUAUGUAACAAGCUUUCAUAUAUUUGCAGGGUAAGUGGGUGGGUAAUAAUUCUGGCGGACUGCAUACCUGCUCAAAGAAUGAAAUCAGAAAAUUUUGAUUCCAUUUUUUUUUGUUUCAGCUGAAUUUUGUGUUUGAAAGAAUAUGUAUAUAUCCAUUCAUUUAUUGCUAUUUGAAGAGUUUUAGAGGUUGGUAGGAGCAAUAUGAUUGUAUUUUAUGGGGGAAAAAAUCCUGCACGAAAUGCUGCCUCUUUUCAAAUGAUAGCUUCAAGCCUGUAUCCUGCAAUCAUAAAUUAUAGUAAUUGUGUCAA